AUGUUAGCCACGACGGACGCGGAGCAGGGCGCGAACAACGGCGUGAUAGUGUCGCAGCUCGCGAAUUCGCACACCCCGCAGGACUUCACGGUCUCACGACUGCUGUCCACGCCGACGCACUCCUUGGAUUGCAGCGAGACCUCGUCUGCUGCUGGGAACAGAAGACCCAGGAGAAGCAGGACGACCUUCUCGGCGCAACAGUUGGCCGCGUUAGAGAGGGUCUUCGAGAAGACGCACUAUCCGGAUGCCUUCAUACGUGAGGAACUGGCGACCAGGGUGUCUUUGUCGGAGGCUAGAGUGCAGGUGUGGUUCCAGAACAGGCGGGCGAAGUUCCGGCGGAACGAGCGGAGCUCGGCGAUGAGCCGUGGCGUCUCCACGGGCAGGGAGAUGGAAGCCGCGCUGCCGCUGCGGCCCAUCAGGGUGUCGCAUCCUCCGCAGCAUCCGGCGGAGAGCAGCGCGGAAUCGUCGUCGCAGGGCGCAGCUGCCACCACCCAGGUGACGGCGCAGUAUUCCUACGGCGACUACUGGCGAACGACGCCGCAGCACUACGCGGUGCAGACCGCCGCGACCGCCGGCUGCCACGGCUACGCCGCGAACGGCGGCCUGGCGAACGUGGGCCUGCCGUCGUACCAUCAUCAUCAGGCCGACAUCCACCACGGCACCCUCGACGGGGCCGCCGGCCUGAACGCCCUGAGGCUACGAGCGCAUCCCUACGGCUCGACGUACCCAGCGAUGCACGCGAGUAUGUGA